CAACUUGAGCUAUCCGUCAAACUGAACCUACGUUUUCCAAUAGGCUGCUGCCCUGGCCUUUAGCCUCUCUGCUUCUCUGGUUAUAGCCCUCACAUCCCCGGAUUUCCAGGCGCUGGGGAUCCCUCGUGUAAUACGGGGUAGGGACUUUGGUUCAGGGGAAGGUUGGAGGAUAUCCCCAUUCAAGAAAAAAAAAAUCAAGGUCUUGCAUACGGGGCGUUGGGCGGACGACGCAGGCGUUGGGCUAAAGUAUCCCACGUGGCCGUUUUCCUGGCCCUUUAAUGGUCGGCGUUUUCCAAAGGCCACCAAUCCGCUACAGGUUCGUUAGUUAGUGUCAGCCUCUUCUGCCAAUCGGCUGUUAGGAACCAACCCUCUCCCCGGGUCGCCCAAUAGUGGCGUCCUGAUGGUUGGUUUAGCAGUUGUGCGGUGACGAGGCACUGUGGCGCGCCGCAUUGGCUGGAUUAAACCCGAGCGAGCCGCUGAUUGGCCGAAGCUGCUGGCGAGUUACAAUUCAAACGCGGGCGGGCGGCUUCCUGCCCUGCGCUUUUGGUGCUGUUCUCCGAGUUCGCGUCUCAGCGGGCCCAGUCCUCAUGGCCUCCCAAAACCGCGACCCCGCCGCCCCUAGCGUUACUGCCGCCCGCAAAGGAGCCGAGCCCAGCGGUGGCGCGGCCCGGGGCCCUGUGGGCAAGAGGUUACAGCAGGAGCUGAUGACCCUCAUGAUGUCUGGUGACAAAGGAAUUUCUGCCUUUCCGGAGUCAGACAACCUUUUCAAAUGGGUAGGGACCAUCCAUGGAGCAGCUGGCACAGUAUAUGAAGACCUGAGGUAUAAGCUCUCCUUGGAGUUCCCCAGUGGCUACCCUUACAACGCUCCCACAGUGAAGUUCCUCACUCCCUGCUACCACCCCAAUGUGGACACCCAGGGUAACAUCUGCCUGGACAUCCUCAAGGACAAGUGGUCAGCCUUGUAUGACGUCAGGACCAUCCUACUAUCCAUCCAGAGCCUGCUAGGAGAACCCAACAUCGAUAGUCCUUUGAACACACAUGCUGCGGAGCUCUGGAAAAAUCCCACAGCUUUUAAGAAGUACCUGCAAGAAACUUAUUCAAAGCAAGUGUCUAGCCAAGAGCCCUGACCUCAGCUGACCAGCCUUUUCUCGUGUCUUUACUUCUUUAGUCUGUCCUAUCCUUGAUUUCUGUGUAAGACACUGUGUCUUGAGCUGUGGUGUUUUUGUUUUGUUUGUUUUUUAAAUUAAGUCUCUGGUUGAGCCUUUACAAUGUAUAUUAUUAAAUAAAAACAUUGUGAUUGUUUUAG